UUAUGUGCACCACUUGUCAGGACUAAGAGCUAGAAAGAGAACUAAGAGAGAAAGAGAGAGUGAAAGAAUUCUCAUUUCUCUGAAUCUCUUGUCUGUGUUGAGUGUGUGUGAAAACUUGAUAGAGAAGAUGACUACAGAAACUUUUGCUCAUCUUACUCUUGCAUUUGGCCUUCUUGGCAAUGCUGUAUCAUUCAUGGUGUUUCUUGCCCCAUUACCGACUUUUUACAAAGUUUACAAAAAGAAAUCAACCGAAGGGUUUCAAUCGGUGCCAUAUGUUGUGGCAUUGUUCAGCGCCAUGCUUUGGAUAUAUUACGCGCUCCUUAAGGCCAACGCGAUGCUUCUUAUCACCAUCAACUCUGUGGGGUGUGUCAUUCAAACCGGCUACAUUUGCUUCUUCCUAUUCUAUGCACCAAAGAAGGCUAGGAUUGAAUGCCUGAAGUUGAUUGUGUUGAUGAUAGUAGUUGGAUUCGGGUUGAUUGUCGGCCUAACUCAAUUUUGCGCUCAAGGAGCCAACCGUGUCAUGAUAGUUGGAUGGAUUUGCCUCGUGUUCGCUCUAUGUGUUUUCGUUGCACCCCUAGGCGUUGUGAGACAAGUGAUUAAAACAAAAAGUGUGGAAUAUAUGCCCAUUCUACUCUCUGUGGCUCUCACCCUCAAUGCUGUUACAUGGUUCUUUUAUGGCCUACUUCUUCAUGACUUCAACAUUGCGAUCCCAAACGUACUUGGAUUCACCUUUGGUGUUGUCCAAAUAAUUCUUUACUUUGUGUACAAAAACAAGAAGCCAGUUUGCGACGAAAAGAAGCCAGAAUUAGAAAUAAAGAACAUUGCAACCGAAGAACAAAAGAUCCAAGAAAACAAAGAUCAAGAAAUCAUUGAUGUCGUGAAGCUCAGCGCAUUGAUGCGUUCGAUUCCAGUUGUUUCAAAACCAAACGAGAACAACAACAUCACUGUUGAAGAUCAUCUGGUUCUUGAACCACAAGUGCCCAACCACACCAUAGAAGUGGCUGCAUGAGCUCAUGAUCGAGUCAUCGAUCAAUAUGGUUGGUUCGAAACGAAUUGAAGGGUUCAUGGUUCAAUUCGGUCAUGUAGAUCUUGUUAUAUAUUGGUUCUUGUGUUUGGAUAGUUUAGUUGAAAACUAUCCUACUUUAGGCAGCUAACUUCGUGUCCUAUUGUUUCUGUUUUGUGACAAUUAUCAAAAUAAAUGAAUUCGAUGUUUAAUAA